UACAAAAAAUAUUUAUAUAAUCAUAUUAUAACAUCCCCUUCCCUCUUCUCUCUCUCAAAAUCAUUCAAGCAGUCACACACAUAUACAGACACAUUGCAGCUCCAGCUUUUCCCUUGCUUCCCUCUCUCACACAGCCUGUCAUGCCUAAUUAUUAACCCUGUGAUUCUCUUGUUUUAAAAUUUGAGCCGGUUGUUUUGUUGUUUGUGUCUAACUAAAGGGUUGAACAAGAACAAACAACCAAGAGUUUUUGAUGAUGUUUCUAUGAGCUUUCUCCAAAUUCCUUCUUGAAGUGCACUAUCUUGGAUUGAUCCUUCCUUUAACUUUCCUUUUCCAACCAUGACUCAACGAGAGCCAUAGAGAAUUGGCCACUUGUUUUGUUAGAAUUGGUUUUAUAUUAGUGAAACUAACCUAUGGGAAAAAAUGCUGGCAUGAGGGAGGAAGAUGCUCAAUGAACUUCAUCACAGAAAGCUGCAAUUUUGGUACUUCUUACAACAGGCAUGGGAACUAAAAUUGAAUAUUCCAUAAAUCUUCUAGCAUCCUCAGUAGACAGCAACAACAUUGUGGGUGGUGUGGAUGUCUGGGAGCAUUAUCAGAACAAAGUAGAGACUAACAAACAUUGUAGUAUUGGAGUGAAUAAAUUGCAAGAUCCCAUGGAUAGGAUGCUCGACAGAAACAACAUAGAGUCCAUCAAAAAGACAAUGCAGAUGCAUGAGGAAAUCUUCAAACACCAGGUGAGGGAACUACACCGGGUAUACAGUGUUCAAAAGAUGCUGAUGGAUAACCUAAGAAAGGAAACUAAACAAAAGAAAUUUUGGACCCCUAUGAAUGGCAUAGACAUAAGCCAUUCUCAUUUCCUUCAACAACAACAACAAACUACUACUACUACACUAAUUUCAUAUGGGCCUGAUUUCCAUGUUCGAAGUUUGAGAGAGGACUUAUGCUCAAAGGAAAGGAGUGGAAGCUGUUCUGGAGAGAACAUAAAGAGGAAAAUUGGUUUUGACCUAGAAAGGCCUGCUGAGAGAGACAUCUUUGGUGGAUCUGAUCAGCAUGAGGCAGGACCUAGCUCCUACACUGCCCUUGAGAGAUGUAAAAUAAGCAGCAGCAGCAACAAUGAUGGAUUUGAUGAAGAAAUGGAAGUGGAUUUGACUUUAAGCAUAGGAGGAGGAAGUCAAGUUAAUAAGAAGAAUAGUAGUUGUUGUAAGAAACCUUAUCUGCUUCCAUUAGGGUGCUCAAACUCACCCAAUGGGAAGACCAGGGAGCUAAAUUCUUCUGUCUCUUUCCAAUCAGAUAGGGUGGGAGAUUGCAGUGACCCCACCACUCCUAUCAGCAGCUCAAGUGUGACAUUUGAUCAAGAGAGAAAGGGGCCACAUUGGCUUUCUCAAGGUUUAAAGCUUAAAUAAGAGAGAAUUUCACUGCAACAAAAAAAUUAAGUUUUCUGAUAAAGAUUAAUUAUCAACAAAAUUAAUGGAUAUUUCAUAUCAAUGACAUGUUAUAAGAAAAAAAAAAACUUAAAUAGGAAAGAGAGUUUUAACUUUUUUAUUGUAUGAUGAUGUAUCCUUCCUUUCUCAACUCUACAUGGGCCACUGAAUUUUUAUGGUUCAAGUGUUCAGAUUCUUAGACUAGAUUUUUUUUUUUUUACUUAAUUCCAAUAAAUGGAUAACUUAAACUCCCACUUCUGAGUGUCCCUUUCUGUAAAUAGGUAGAGUGAGUUUGAUGUGCUUCUUAGUUCUUAAGUUACUUUCUUGUCCUACAUAUUAUUUUCAAACCUAAAUGCUAUUCAUUGUAAAAGGAGAACCUAGUACUACUUGGCACUAUAUGUGAAUUUAAGUAUACAAGGAGUGGCCUUUGUCAAAAGACUACAUCAAAUCAAAAUUGUUGAGGUUCCUUUUUGGCCCAAA